AUGGUGGGAGGCUUGAAGAGGAAGCACUCGGAUUUGGAGGAAGAAGAGGAGGCCAAAUGGAGCUGGGGCCCAGCAGGCCUGAGGAGCUAUCAGCAAGCCCUUCUCCGCAUCUCCCUAGACAAGGUGCAGCACAGCCUGGGCCCCCGCGCGCCCAGCCUCCGCAGGCACGUCCUCAUCCACAACACCCUGCAGCAGCUCCAGGCAGCUCUUCGCCUGGCCCCCGCACCGGCCCUGCCCCCAGAGCCCCUCUUCCUGGGUGAGGAGGACUUCUCCCUGUCGGCCACCAUCGGCUCCAUCCUCCGAGAACUGGAGACAUCCAUGGAUGAGGCUGAGCACCCUCCGAACCCAGUGGCUCUCCCAGGCCCUCCGGGUGAAGCGCUGCCCCAGGCCGAUCCAGUCUUCCUGGAAUCUCUGAGUUCCCAGUACCUGGGUGACUCUGGCCUGGAUGACUUCUUUCUGGACAUUGACACAUCGACGGUAGAGAAGGAGCCCGUGCUAGCCCCUCCACAGCCCCCGCACAACCUCUUCUGCGCCCCAGGGUCCUGGGAAUGGAACGAACUAGAUCACAUCAUGGAGAUUAUUCUCGGGUCCUGA